GUAAAGGUGUAUUUUAGUGCAGAUCACAGAAAACUUUACACCACUGAUAUCAAAUUAAAACGUUUUAAAUCGAAGAUAUUACCAUUGGAGCCAGGGGCGUUUUGGAGUCAAUAUCAGACGGAUUGGAAAACGAGAAAUCUUCAAGGUAUAUAAGAAAAAAUAUUCAUCGGUCACACAACAAGUGAGAACAUAAACUGAAUUUAAAUACUCUGGUGGAAAGAAGUGACACUGUUAACGGACAGGAUAACUAAAUCGACCUAGAAGUCAGAGCAUGACACUGUGAUUGGUACAAUUGUGUGGAUGGAGACUUUAAUUAUACUGUCACAGCCUCUCAAUCAAGGAAUACAAGAACCAGUUAUCACAGAGAAAACCCCGUCCAGAGAAUUUCCUGUGCUGGCAGUGACACGCAAUCGUUCUUUCUCCAAGUUAAAUGAACUCGGCGAGCCUGACGGCCAGGCCAAAGAUAAUGAAAAUGUUCAGGACGGGAGAGUUCUCGAUUCUGAGCAAUACAUGAAAAAUGAAUUAAGUACUGCAUCAAGUGCUGAACGUGGCAGUGCAUUUCCCGCUGGUUGUCAAGAAAACAGCACACAGCCACAAGAACCAGAUUCUAAGACUGAUAUCAAUGAAACUGAUUCUCACAGCAAUGACAGCGGUUCUAGGCAAGGUUCUGGCAAAAUGGAACACACUUUACCGAAGUGGCCCAUAAGUCCAAGCGAAAUCAAACCAACGAAGAAAAGAGAGCCAAUCUCUCGAUUGCCGUCGACUAUCAUAUUCGAGGCAAAUGAACGCCGUGCUCAAAGAAUGCGGGAAGGCUUCUGGAGGACAAUGAAACUGACCCCAGGAGAACUGGAUCUCCAGGAGAAAUUCCGAGAAAACUCGGAAGCUUUCCAUUAUCGCGUCAAACAAUUUCCCAAAGAGAAAAAGCAGGAUACCGAAGAUCCAGACAGACUUAAUUUAUCGCAAAUUGUUAGUCGGAUAGGGAACAGUUCACAGCAUUCAAAUGAUAAAGAAUUUGCGGAGGGACGUAUCAAAGAAAUGAGUAAGUUGAACAGCAGAAAGCGCGGCACGUCUCUUAAUGCAGUGGAAUUGGUGCUUAAAGCAGACAGUCGCAGUCGAAGGGAAGAAAAAAGAGUCUCGGGAUCGGAAUUGGGAUCCGACCUUUCAGCAAGCAGUUUGCGCCCCAUUCUGUCGCCGGUAGAAAAGGCAGUAAAGGCACGAUCUGCUACAUACGAGGCAAUACAGAGAAGUCGCCUUAACAGAGCAGCGGCAUACGACUCUGUCCCGUCUUUUCAAAAAUUUAUGAGCAAAUCAGAAGGUGCAGAUCACUUGUCGGGGAUACUCAACAAUAAGGCUGCAAAGAUGCACAGGUUUCCAACGACCAUUGAUAACUGUAUUCAGCUGACGCUGGAAGAAAGAGACAGACUGAAUAUGAACAGAGCUCAUACUACGGGCCAGAUGACGAAAUUUCCUAAUCUGAAGAAGGACGGCCUUCUCUGUGGAGAAUGCAGUGCUAAGAGAAACAUUGAAACAAUGGCAGAGAUGGGAUGCUCUGCCUUUGAAAUGACAAUGGAAGACGAAAAUGAUGCAAGCAAGCUCAGAAAGAAGUUAAAUAUUAUCAUACCGACGCAGCCUAAUGAUUAAAACGUGGUGACUUUGAUGUGCAAUCAAAUUGUUAUUAAAUUUUGAAAUUGACUUUGUGAUAAUAAACUUUCAAAUGUUCUGAAUGCAGGCAAAUUGGUUGUAUCGGUCGACACUUAAAAAGUGACCGUGCCAAAAUCAUUAACUCUUUGCUCAUGUCCAAUUUUUCAAACCUUCAUUUUCUAUUUUAUUUUAUUAUAUUUAAUGUUGAUUUUAAUGAAUUGUUACAGUGGAUAUGGACUGUUUAUGGUGAUCUACAUGUACGUAUGACAAAAAUAAAUAUUGCUUUUUGAAAAUAUUUUACAUUAUGUGCGUGCCAGAGAGCAUUGUCAAA